AUGGACGACCCGGCGCUCCAAGACGCCGCGGCCGUGCGGGUCGCAGUCCGGGUGCGGCCCCUUAUCACCCGCGAGCUCCUGCAAGGCAGUAAGACGUGCAUCUCCACGGACGGUCCCUGCGUCACAAUCGGCCGCGACCGUCGUUUUACCUUUGACCAUGCUUUUGGCGCAAACACACAGCAGGAGGAGGUUUAUCGGGAGCUUGUCGGUCCCGUGGUGGAGAAUUGCUUUGAUGGCUUCAACGUGACGGUGUUGGCGUACGGCCAAACCGGCAGCGGCAAGACCUUCACCAUGGGUACGGGAGAGUACGGCGGUGGGGAGCACCAAAUGGGGAUUGCGCCACGGGUAAUCAGAGCCACAAGCAGCACCUGCGCCAACGAACAGUCCUCCAGAUCACACGCCAUCCUCACCAUCAUCAUCGAACAGCACCUCUAUCCGCAGCACAACACAUCCACCCACCCGCACACAUACCCGCUGUCGCACCCGCUAUCGCCGACGGAGGGCUCUCCACGCGGCGGAGGGCUCUCCAGCGCCGGCGGCGCGGCGGCGGGAUUGCCGCCGUACGAUGGCCUUGGCGACGGCGACGUCUUCAGGGGUGUUGGUGGCGGCGGCGGCAGCGGCGGCGGUGGUGGUAGUGCUGUGGAAGUCAGAACUGCUAAGCUGCAUUUGGUUGACCUGGCCGGCAGUGAGCGGAACAAGAUGGUGCGUGCCUCCAUGCAGGGUCCCCGGUUUAGAGAGACGGUGAACAUCAACCAGGGUUUGCUAGCCCUGGGCAACGUGAUCAGCGCCCUGGGUGACGAGCGCCGACGUGGCAGCCACGUGCCGUACCGUGAAUCCAAGCUGACUCGGCUGUUGCAGGACUCUUUGGGCGGCAACAGCCGUACAGCCAUGAUUGCGUGUGUGAGUCCGGCGGACGACGUGUUGGAGGAGACUCUGAACACGCUGAAGUACGCCAACAGGGCCAAGAACAUCCGCAACAAACCCGUCGUGAACAG